CCCUCUUCCUGAAGGGCUAACAUGGCGAUGGCAGGAGGGUGAGGUGAAGACGCAGGGGGAUGUGAGAGCAGCAGCUGCCCAGACACACACGCGGGGCCGGACAGCGCAGCAGGGGGGACUGCAGCUGAGGAAAGGAGAAGGGGGAGGGAAAAAAAAAUAAAACAAAAAAACACCCAACCCAACAUUUUCAUGGAGAGCAAAAAUCCCAUGCAAGCUGGGGAGGAUCAGGACUCCUUUGAGCUGAGACCCUUGCAUCAAAAUGCUGAUAGUUGAAAAGACAACUGACUACCCUUCCGCUGAAUACUCUCUGGUGGAGGAUGUAGCCCUCCACUUCACGUGUUUGAUGGACAGACUGAACGAGCAGCGCCUGUUUCAGCCGGACCUGUGCGACGUGGACAUCGUCCUAGUUCAGCAGAAGAGCAUCUUCCCCGCCCACAAGGGUGUCCUUGCCGCCUACAGCCCGUUCUUCCACUCUCUCUUCACCCAGAAUAAGCAGCUGCAGCGGGUAGAGCUUUCCCUGGAGGCCUUGACUUCCCAAGGCCUCCAGCAGAUCCUCAACUUCAUCUACACCUCCAAGCUGCUGGUGAACGCCUGCAAUGUGCAGGACGUCCUGAGCGCCGCCACCGUGCUGCAGAUGAGCAACAUCGCCUCCUCCUGCCAGGAGCUCAUCAACACCAGGUCCCUCAGCCUGGCCAUGGCCAGCGACAUGGCCCUGCCCCCCGACGCCUGCGGCAACGCCGUCCCCCCGCGGUACUACUGCGAGAUUAAGCAAGAGGUGGACUCUCCGCACCCCAAGAUCUAUGCCCGGGAAGGUACCGAUCCCUACUCGGUGCGAGUAGAGGACAGGGUGGGUGGAGGUGCCAACCAGCACCUCCCGACUGUGGCUGCCAAGCAGUAUUACAAGGAGGAGAAGGACGGUGGCCUGGCCACCAUGUGUAAAAUAGAGGGUGGGGAGUCGGAGGAGGAUCUGGACAGCCAGGGCUCUUACAACCGGGAGCAGAUCAUUGUGGAGGUGAACCUCAACAACCAAACCCUCAAUGUCUCCAAGGGGACGGAAGGGAAGCCCACCGCCAAUGAAGCUGCCGCCGUGAUCACCCGACCAGACGGGGAUGGACGUGACACUGAGGAGGAAGGGGAGGAGGAGAAUGAGGAAGUGGGGGAGGAGGAGGAGGAUGCUGAGGUGGGGGAGGAGGAAGAGGAGGAGCACAGCGAAGAGGAAGACCUGGAGGAGACCACCGAGGAGGAGGAGGAAGAGGAGGAAGACGAAGAGGCGUCUGAAGUGAAAAGGGAAAAAUCUGGGCAGCCCCGCAGGGGGAGCAGGUCGUCCAAGGCCACCAAGUCCACCAUGUCCACCAGGUCCCAGGAUCUAGCCAAGGUGGUGGAGGAAGAGGAGGGCCAGCGUGGGAGGAAGAGGAAAAAGGAGCAGGAUGGGCUGGGCCCGAAAGUCAAGCUGGAGGAGAAACAGCAAUACCCCUGCAAGAAGUGCCCCCGCGUCUUCAACAACCGCUGGUACUUGGAGAAGCACAUGAACGUCACCCACAGCCGCAUGCAGAUCUGCGACAAGUGCGGCAAACGCUUCCUGCUGGAGAGCGAGCUCCUGCUGCACCACCAGACGGACUGCGAGAAGAACAUCCAGUGUGUGACAUGCGGGAAAGCGUUUAAGAAACUCUGGUCUCUCCACGAACACAAUAAAAUUGUCCAUGGCUAUGCAGAGAAGAAGUUCUCCUGUGAAAUCUGUGAGAAGAAAUUCUACACCAUGGCACAUGUGCGGAAACACAUGGUUGCUCACACCAAGGAUAUGCCGUUCACAUGUGAGACGUGUGGGAAGUCAUUCAAACGCAGCAUGUCCCUGAAAGUCCAUUCUCUUCAGCACUCUGGAGAGAAGCCUUUUAAAUGUGAGAACUGCAAUGAGCGAUUCCAGUACAAGUACCAGCUGCGCUCUCACAUGAGCAUCCACAUCGGACACAAGCAGUUCAUGUGCCAGUGGUGCGGGAAGGACUUCAACAUGAAACAGUACUUCGAUGAGCACAUGAAAACGCACACAGGUGAGAAGCCCUACAUCUGCGAGAUCUGCGGCAAGAGCUUCACCAGCCGCCCCAACAUGAAGCGCCACCGCCGGACCCACACGGGAGAAAAGCCCUACCCCUGCGACGUGUGCGGCCAGCGUUUCCGCUUCUCCAACAUGCUCAAGGCCCACAAGGAGAAGUGCUUCCGGGUCAGCAACCCCCUGGCUUCGGACACCGCCAACCCCGCCAACAAUGGCGGCAGCCUCUCCACUCCCCAGGGUGCCCCCUUGCCUCACUUGGCGCAGCACCCCCACGCCCUCCCUUUGCCGCUGCUCCACCCCCUGCCUCCUCCUCCGCACCUGCCGCCUCCACCUCCCCUGUUCCCAGCCGGGCGGGUCAAUUCGAACAACUAGGCCAGCGUGUGCACGGACUGCUCUGCCACGCAGGGGGUGCCCAGCGGGCUGCUUGUUCGCAUGAUGCCGGGAGAAGGAGGGAGGCGGUUAAUUCUCUCUCUUUCGUUUUUUUACCGCCCCAUGGUUUUAUGAUGAGCCCGUCAGCCUUCCGUCAAAAGGACAGGUGCUCUGGGCCACAGCAAGCUCCCAGGCAGCUUGGCGUGCCAGCGUUCAAUCAGGGUGUAGACAAACGGCUCUUCCUUCCCUCCUCGUUCCAUGGCUUUAGUGUUUCCCAAGCCCUGCUCAGACUCCUCCUCCCACCUCACGAGGCAUUGUUUACCUCUGCCGCCUAGUGCACUAUUGUAUGAGGGUAGCCCUUGCCACAAUGUCUUCCCGCUUUUGUGUGUACCUGCAUGUUUCGUGCAAUUACGUUAGACUAACGAAGUGCACAACUCACGCUCAGCUCCAUCAAGCCAUUUCCACUAGUUCCUCACAGCAGCAGUAAGGUUUUUUUGGGUGUUUUUGUCUCGUGAGGCAGCACUUUUAGCUUUGCCUCUGGCUAUUAGUCAGGAACUUGUCCGCGAUGCAUCCUAUGCGAAAUGUUUAAUCAGGGUUCCGCCCCUCUUUAGGAUGCUGCUGAAACAACCUGAAAAGACUACAGGUCCCAGCAUGCAGUGCUGUCCAGCAUGGCUUUCUGCUGGGAGAAGGAAGGAACAGAGCAUGCUGGGAGCUGUAGUCUUUGCUUGCUACGCAUCUGUGGUAAAGAUAAGGGUUGCCACAUUGCACGCUUUGGGACGUCUGUAGUGCUGUCAGAGGUGUCACUGCGUCACCCGUCGACGUACCUGAGAUAGCUUUGAGCUAGCUAGCUUGAUGAACGCUCGCAGUGAAACUGCAGGGGCACGGGCUCUGCAAGCCCAUCCAGGGUCCUGAUGAGGUGCUCAAACAGCUAGUCUGUACUGCCGUAGCCUCACCUCUGUUGUUAUUGGAUCUAGCUAGAUCAAAGCUAGCCUUGGGCAUGCCUACAUGUGCUGCCGUCACACCCCUCUGAUUGCAGUGUAGACCAACCCUUUGGUAACCCUGCUCUAACCACCGAAAUGGAACUUUCAGCCCAAAUCAUCAUCCUCUGGGAAAAUGGCACAAGGCAUGGGCACACAGAGAUGCACGGAGGCACGGGAACUAGACUCCCUUUGAGAUUGGCCAGCGGGCUAUUUCACACAGUGAGUCAGCCACAGGAAUAGUCACAAGGAAAGGCAGAGAUGCUACGUUAUUCUGUGCAUUGUGGGCGGAGGGGGGUUUCUAAGUGACACAGGCUAUGAAAACAAAGGAUGGUAAUGUUUCAUGGCAGCUAUGCAGAUUAGAGGCAGUGGCUGUUAUAGGUAAUCUAGCGUAUUUGUGCUUGAGCCCGUCCCUUGUCCUGAGAGGCUGGUGCUGCAGGAGAGAUCUUUCGAUGAGUUCACCACUUCAUUACAGGAAUCCAAGCCAGGUUAGGGAGGACGAGACGUUACCACUAGCUGGCAUCUCCAGUGGCCCACAUGACAUGAGUUAGGGGGCUGUGUAUUCGUGGGCAGUGGCCCACGUCUCAAAACCCACCAUCACAGCCUGCUCUCGUUAGCAGCCCUUGUUAUGUCUUCCCUCCCAACCGGGAUUCCACACCCUGCCCCCCGCUUCCUCUGCAAUUUCUUAGACUAAAGCCCCAACCCAGACAGCUGGGUUUAAUAAAAGGAUUCACUAGCUGGAUAUGAUUUUUUCCCCAAAGGGGUUAAGACCCAUGAUAAUCCCAGCUCCAGUGCUAGAAGUGAGCUCCAUAUUUCUAGGAGACGGGCUGGAGCUGUCUGUGGCCGUGGCCAUGGAGCUGCAGCAUUCCCGUGGUGAGCGCUCCAUUGGUCUUUAGACUAAAAGAGAGGUUGGAAAGUCGCUGCACUCCAGCCUGAACGGAGCAGCAGGAUCUAGUCCUAGGCUGAACUUCCCUGGAAGUUACUCUUCUUAAUAGUGCCUUACAGUUACUGAAAGUAAGCUCCCGGUGUGUGCUCGGGAGUCUGGUUAGCCUGAAGUCUGCACAUCAGAUCUGAUAACCUCCCUGUAGUACCAAGGAAGGGCAGUGGCUCAGCUCCUUCAAUCUCCUUUUCCUCCUUUCAUGUCUUAUCUGAUAGGCCCUCGGCCCCAGUACUUAACUCUCCUUUAGGAAUCUAGUUUUGCCUUCAGUCACAGCACUGUGAGCCUUUGUACACAGGGAGUGCAUUUGAGGGCUUUAGCAUGGAGUUGGCAACUAGAGUUCAGUGGCCCUCUAGUCAGAGGCUGCCUUAUUGGUGAAGGGGCCUGGCAAGAAGGACAAGCACCUUGUAAAAUGUUGCAAGCCCAUGUGAGCUUCAGGCCCGGCAAAUUUAACUCCCCCGCCUGGCUCCAGGAUACUGCUCGACUGAUGUGGGAUUGUGCCAUGUUACUUUGAGUGCCAUUUCAGGCUAGGGAAGCCUUUUUGCAUUGGCCUCUAGGGGGAGAUAGCUCAGGCCACUGAAGUUCGGCCGAACAGUACCGAUCCCAGCCUCUGCUGGCUCUGUCUGAAGCUGCAUCAUUCAUGUGGGCUUUUCUGUCUCUUACACUGACAAUUCUCAUCUUGCAUUUCACUUGUUAAGGAGCGUUUUGCGCUUGUGGAGUACAGCUUAUAACCCUGAUGGCAGGUGCCAUCAUCCCGGAGUGGCAGAUCAUUUAGGCCCUGUCUAGAAUGGCUUUCUUGUUACCUGCCAUGGCCUAAAAGUGGGGCUCGCAGUUGUGUGACUUACCCCAGGAUAAGCCCUGUUUUGUAGCAGUUCGGUGUCCUGUACUUUAGAAGGUUGCAAUGGUGUAACCACACUGAUGUAAUUACCCUCGUCUAGUGGCUUUCCCUAGUCCAGACAAGCCCUCAGGGCUAGAUCCUGCAAGAUUCUAAGUACCUCCUAAGUUGAAGUACUAACUAACUCUAAGUACUAACCUAAGUUGAAGGCAACUCCUUCAACUCCCAUUGGUGUGUGUUGGAGGGUGUUUUGCACCACUCUAAGAGCUGCUCAGCACCUUGCCGAGUGGCAGAGGGCAGUGCUGACUGUGGUCAUUUUAUUGCCCCUUACGUGUCUACUUAAUGGUCCCAGUGUGUGGUGGAGCAGGAUCUAGGAGAAAAGUACAUUGGCCAGAUUCAUCGUUGGCAAUGUGAGCCUUGCCACUGGGAUAUGAAGAAGGGAGGCAAGAGGGAGAAGACAUGUAGUCAGCUGAAGAAGCCCUUUCUUGUUAGCAGUUUGUUCUGUUGGCUUUAUAGCUUCAGUUGAGACACCUACAUGCGUGGGGAUUCUGAGCCGUGUCUGGCUAAGGCAGAAGCUGCAAUGACGUGUCCUUGUAGCCGCAACUCAUCACAGCAUUUAACACAUGCUGAAGGCCAUCUUUCUUUAACAGCCAUGUGUUUAAGCCUCAUUGAAGUCAAUGGGAUUUAACCAUGUGCUUAAAGUUAAGCAUGAGAUUAAGUGCAUUGCUGACUAGGGCAAGACUGCUGGCUUGUGACUUUAAAUGACUGAUCCACUUUUAAAUGACUGAUCCACUUCCCUCCUGCUUGGCAUCCCAAGCGCACCUCCUGUGCUGUCCCCCACGGCUGGCACCUCCUCGUUCGAGCACGAGCUGGCACUGAAAGGCACAUCGCUUUUCACAUCCAUUGACCACUUCUCUCGCCUGUGUCAGCCGCAGCCUCUAUAUCGCAAUCAGUUAACGUCGUGUAUUGCAGAUUCUGUGCUCACAGACAGUCUGGUUCUGCUUCAUGUAAAGUGAGGCGGCCGCUGAAUGGGCUGCCGGUAUGGCUGUGAGCACCUUGCAGCUUCUCAGAUCAGUGGCAGAUAUCCCAUGGGACAGGGUGUCCAACUCAGCUACUUCCAGAGGUCCAGCGUCCUGGGUUUUGUUAGGACUGUCCAGCAUCUUUCAGAUAUCACAUGUGUCUGCAAGGAGACCUGAUGGCUCAAGAGCUUGGCAAUGAGCUAAGACACUCAGGCAUUUAGGUCACUGGUGUGAACCCAACUCACUUUGGUCAUGACUGGAAAGUCUUAUCCUCUGAAGAUGGCUGGCUGAAGGCCUAUGCCAUAGGGGGUUUGAUGGUCUCAUCCCAGUGGCUCGGCGUUCGUGUCAUUAAAAGCCACCUCCAUCAUUGUCCCUCUUGCCUAGCUCUUGUGGGCAGUCUCAACAGAGGUCAUGGAAAGAAAGGGUUGUGCACACUGAUUUCCCCUGCCACUCCUGUUCUUCCACGUCAGGGUUGCGGCAGGUGGGCAGGGCGCCGUGAGGAAAGGUAGCACUGCCCGUAAUGGGGCUGUUCCGUGGCCAGAAAAUGUAAGUCUCCAUGGCCGAGAAACCGGUCCCUUUCCCCAGCACUGAAUCGACUCACCCAAGUGCACGCUAUCCAAAAGGGAAAGUCACUAAUUGCCUAGAAUCUGAUCAGAAUCGCUUACUUCUCCCCCAGCCUGCUGCAGUUUCUCAGUGUGCCUGUCUCAGGGGCCUGUUCUUCCCCACAAGCGGGGGUAAAUCCAGUGGGAUGCCGUCUGUGUACGCAACACAUGCAUUGCGUGCACAAUCGGCUGUGUAUUGUCCAACUGGCAACCCGAGGGAUGCCCCCCCGCGGGACCCCAUUCUGUAAAACAAAAUGGCAUCCUCCGUCCAGUGUGCUCUUGCCCAUGCGAGGUCACGGCGCGUGGAGGGCGCUAUUUGGGAUUGCCUAAGAUGUGCAAGUGAGUUGUUGCAUGUCUUACUAAAGCUGCCACAGCAUGCCGCUAGGGGACCUGGACGUGACCCCACCGAAGGCAGCGUCAAACGGGUGUAAGCGGGAGGAGAAUUCUGCCACUUGGUGAUUCGGCUGCUGCAGCUGCCCGGCUUAGACCCUGGUGCAUAAAGAACCCAUCCACGCCUGUUUGCCCAUUUGGAUUCAUUUUAAAACGUUGCCCAGAGAGCAGCCUGGAGACAGCAGAGCAGGGCAUGCACACGAAACCCUGGGGAGUCAGAUCCCUGGUGCCCCAAGGCCAGGACUGAGAGACGCCUCCAGGAAUCCUGCGCCGUCUCCAACCCUUUUGUCUACACCCUUAUUGAGUCUGAAUGUGUCGAUUUGGGUAUUUUUGUGACCGUACCGAGAGCUGAAGCGAAUGGUUCCAGAAGCGUAUUGGCCCCUGUUCAUCCCUGGUAGAACUCCUGCAAAGCCUCUUGAGUUUGACCAGGGGAGAAAUUCGGCCUGUUCUUGUCAAGCAUUUUAUUCUUUGAAUUCUUGCACCUUAACCCCUCGCAUCCCUCCUACAAUGCACCAUGAGUAUGAGAGGGGCUUUAUUUCCACUAGCAGUUAAUGAACGUUCAGCAAACAACUCUACGCACACACACACACACACAACCCUGCCCACUCGCCCUGCCUCAUUUUCUUGUGUUGAACUUGCAGGGAGGGGGCAAUUUCCCAGGAGCCUGGUAGGCCAGACCAGUUUGCCUCAUAGUGUUCAUAAAGCAGGGCUGGCCCCCUGGCCGACAGCCAUAACGAGAACGCAGCCAGAGGGGUAAGGGACUGAGAUGGCUGUGACACAGUGCAAUAGCAAAUUGGCAUCAGCUGCUGGACAACCUUGAUUUUUAACUCUUUGCAGACAGACAGACACCUUUGGUCCGCAUGGAUGGAAGCCGCUUUCCAGCACCGCCCUGCCUAGAGACAUGUCAUCCGUGAAGGGAAGGGGUGGGUAGAACCUAAUAAAAGAACAACCUCGGUAGCGUGGAACUUAAAGGAAACAAAUGGACAGAAAAAAAACCCCACAAGCACUUCACUUGCCUCAAACUAGUUUCUAAUGCCUGACGUCUGGCUGUGUAUUAUUUUAUGGCAUUCAGUAUCUGUUGCCCAAACAUGCCAAGUAAAGAGUGUAUCGGUGGCUCUACUAGUUGUGAACAAAAUAAAUGAAGCACUUUAUUCUGUGUAGACGCGGGGAAGGGGGUCGGGGGAGUUUGGAUGCUUUCCAAAAGCAUCUUAAGUAAUGUUCUAGGAAAUGUAUUAUUACAACGUUGUUUUUUUUUUUAAUGACCAGGUGUAAUCAAUAUAUGUUUAUCUUUAACUCCAA